UUUUCCAGUAAAAUAAAUAAAAAUGCCAAUUUUUGUUGAUGGAUUUGAAAUUCCUGACACACUUGGUGAGCGUCUUGAGAAGUUGAAGGAAAAAGGCGGACCUCUUAUGCCAUCUCCGGAUGAUCCAAAAAUUUGGACUAAAGAAUUUCAUGAGAAAUCGAAGAACGAGACUGCUUGGGCUGCUCCAUAUGAUUCGCGCUUUCCACAGUGCCGUAAGCAGCGCCAUUGUUUUGCUUAUUAUGUUGACUUCUUCCGUUGCAAAGAAUUAAUGGGUGAAGACUAUGCUCCGUGUAAAUUCUUCCAAAAUGUCUAUCGUGAUAUGUGUCCAAGUUUUUGGGUUGAGAAAUGGGACGAUCAGCGUGAAAGUGGAACAUUCCCGGCUGAUUUUGAUCGUUAA